GGUAAGGAGCCGGGAGAUUUGAAUUUGAAAGCCAGUACUGCCAGCAUCGGCCCCGGGAGGCGGCGGAGGGACGCUGGAUCCCUUGGGUUUGUGGAGUCGGUGGUCAUCAUGUCCUUUCCCAAGGCGCCCCUGAAGCGAUUCAAUGACCCUUCCGGUUGUGCACCAUCUCCAGGUGCUUAUGAUGUGAAGACUUCAGAAGUAUUGAAAGGACCAGUUUCCUUUCAGAAAUCACAAAGAUUUAAAAAACAAAAAGAAUCUCAACAAAAUCUUACUGUUGACAAAGAUACCACCUUGCCUGCUUCAGCAAGAAAAGUUAAGACUUUGGGAUUAAAGAAGGAUUCUCAAAAGAAUGAUAAAGACUUGAAGAUGUUGGAAAAAGAGAUUCGCGUCCUCCUGCAGGAACGCGGGACUCAGGACAAGCGGCUCCAGGAUCUGGAAGCUGAGCUGGAGAAGACGGAAGCAAAGCUCAGCGCUGCGGUCAGGGAAAAAACAUCUCUCUCUGCAAGCAAUGCUACGCUGGAAAAGCAGCUGACUGAGUUAACCAGAACUAAUGAGCUACUCAAAUCUAAGUUUUCAGAAGAUAGCAACCAGAAGAACCUGAGGAUUCUAAGCCUUGAGCUGAUGAAGCUUAGAAACAAAAGAGAAGCUAAGAUGAGGAGUAUGAUGGCUAAACAACAAGGCAUGGAGGUGAAAUUGCAUGUCACCCAGAAGAACUUGGAAGAGUCUCAAGGGAAAGUAGCACAGCUCGAGGGGAAACUUGUUUCAAUACAGAAAGAAAAGAUUGAUGAAAAAUCUGAAACUGAAAAACUCUUGGAAUACAUUGAAGAAAUAAGUUGUGCCUCAGAUCAAGUGGAAAAAUACAAGCUAGACGUUGCCCAGUUAGAAGAAAAUUUGAAAGAGAAGAAUUGUGAAGUGUUAAGCCUUAAGCAGUCUCUUGAAGAAAAUAUUGUUACGUUAUCUGAACAAGUAAAAGACCUGAAUGCUAAAUGUCAGCUACUUGAAAAAGAAAAAGAAGACCUCAUCAACAGGGACAGAGAACAGGAUGAACAUCUGAAUUCUGAAAUACAAAACUUAAAAGAGAAGUUAAUUCUUGAAAAACAAGAACAUGAAAAGCUACAGCAAAAAGAGUUGCAAAUUGAUUCACUUCUGCAACAAGAGAAGGAAUUAUCUUCUAGUCUUCAGCAGAAGCUCUGUUCUUUUCAAGAGGACAUGAUGAAAGAGAAGAAUCUAUUUGAGGAAGAAUUAAAGCAAGCUCUGGCUGAGCUAGAUAAAUUACAGCAAAAGGAGGAAAAAUCUGAACAGUUGGUUAAGCAGCUGGAAGAAGAGACUAAAGCUAGAGCUGAAGAACUGAAACUUCUGGAAGAAAAACUGAAGGGGAAAGAAGCGGAACUGGAGAGAAGUAAUGCCGCUCACACUCAGGCCACCCUGCUUUUGCAGGAAAGGUGUAAUACUGCAGAGCAAAACCUGGGAGGUGUUAAAGCUCAAUUUGAAAGCUAUAAAGUAUUAACAGCUUGUGAGACAGAAGAUCUUAAGCUGGAGAACUCAUCACUUAAGGAAAAAGUGGCCAAGGCCGAGAAAAGUGCAGAGGAUCUUCAGCAUCAGAUAUUGGCAACUAAGAAUUCAAACCAAGAAUAUGCAAGGAUGCUUCUAGAUCUGCAGACCAGAGCAACACUUAAAGAAACAGAAAUUAAAGAAAUCACAGUUUCUUCUCUCAAAAAAAUAAGUGAUUUGGAGAACCAGCUCAAGCAGCAAGGGGAAGACUUCAAGCAGCAGCUGGAAGAGAAAGAAGCAAGGAAAGCUGGAAAAGAAAAUACAAUGGCAGAAUUAACUGAGGAAAUGAAUAAGUGGCGUCUCCUUUAUGAAGAACUAUAUAAUAAAACAAAGCCUUUUCAGCUACAACUGGAUGCUUUUGAGGCAGAGAAACAGGCUUUGUUGAAUGAACAUGGUGCAGCUCAGGACCAGCUAAAUAAACUAAGAGAUUCCUAUGCUAAAUUGUUGGGCCAUCAGAAUCUCAAGCAAAAAAUCAAGCAUGUUGUGAAAUUGAAAGAUGAAAAUAGCCAACUCAAAUCGGAGCUGUCAAAACUCCGUUCUCAGCUUGCUAAAAUAAAGCAAAGUGAGAGAAACCUUCAGGAAGAGUUGAAUAAAGUUCUGGGCAUCAGACGCUUUGAUCCUUCAAAGGCUUUUCUUCAUGAAAGUAAAGAAAAUUUUGUUCCGAAAACCCCACUAAAAGAAGGCAAUACAAACUGCUGUUGAGCUCCUAUGGAGUUUCAAGAAUCAUGCAAGUAAUGAACUGAAAAACCAAGUUGAAGAUUAUUUUAUUUUUAUUAUUCUUGUUGUUGCUGUAGUUAUAAUGUUUGUAAUGAAUACUUUUUAAAUGUAUUUAAUAUUAACUUUCUAUUUUUAGGUAUCUGAAAGCAAGUUCAACAUUUUUACCCAUAUGUCUUCUGACAUUUUAUUUUCUCCUGUCAGUACCUCCUUCCAGCUGUUCAUUUUCAUCACUUCAUUCUAAACCUUCUGCGUAGCUUUCCAGCUUUACAACUUGUCCCAUCAAUCAGCAUUUCUUUAAAAAUCACUUUUAUGUUAUUACUCCACUAUUCUGAAACUAAAGGUGGUUUCAGGAUUCUAAUACCCAGGUUUUUUAGUUUGAUCCUGGAUGGCUUUUCUGAUCUGAACCUCUUAACCUAAGACAAAACACCUUGGCUUGUUCUUGAUUCUACAUUAUUUUCCUAAAAAUGUUCACUGUGUUUUACCCAUCGUCCAUUUAUCCAGUUCAAGCAAGAAGUAAGGACAUACUUAAUUCCAUAGUCAUCUCUUAUAAGUCACUGAGCUGGUCAAUAAUUUGCAGAUUUCUAGUCUCUAUCCCAGUCCUACUAAAUUAAAAUCUUGAAUUUUGGGUUGAAAAUCUGCAUUUGAAACAAACUCUGCACUUAAUUUUUAGAUAAGUUGAAAAUCUGAGAAACACUAAAAAUCGGAAAUAACUUCUUUAUUUUGAGAGAAUGUUUAUGAAAGCUGGGAAGAGUGAACUAAGGAAGGGUGUAGGUCAGAAGAAACAGCAGGAGAGCCUCAGCAGAACUGCAUUGGCUCAAGGAGAAGUCAGAGGAAAGGGGACCUUGGGGACAGAUGCAGGGUUAGCCCAGGACGAGUUGUUGCUGCCCACUGCUACCCUAGUUGCAAGUCUCAUGGGGACCCUUAGAGUUUAGGAGAUGUGGGCCUAUGUGUGAAAAAGAGGGGGGUGGAAAAGGCACUGCAUGCUCCUAGGAGCGGGAGAGCACUUAAUUAACUAGAGGAUUUUUCUUCUGUUGCUUACCAUUGGUCUGACUGCUGGACGUUGGAUUAGUAUUUCUGAAAUGUGAAAUAAAGGUCACACAUUAACUCAUAUUAUAUGAAGUUACAUUAAUGCUUCUAUGUAAGGUAUAUUUAUUAUCUCUGCCCUCCCCUACCUACCUUCUCUAGAAUUACAAAUGGUAGUAUACCACUUAGAGAGUGGUAAUACUCCAUCUAAAAUUUCUGAUUUACACAGUUAGUACAUGAUAAUCCACCUUUUAAAAUAAUAUCUCCCCCUUGAGGGACCAACAGAGAUUAUUACAAUCAGAAUAGCUUUUUACAAUAAAUGAUUUUAUUGGAACUUGAUAGAUAGUUGAAUUUUUAAAUGUCAUUUUAAUUAAGUUCAGAGGAAAUGUAGAAAUUAGGAAAUUUGUAUAAUAAAAUCAAAUAGUUCAAGACUCCUGUUUUUACUAAAGAUGGAGUAACAGGAAUUAAAUUUAUAGUUCCUUUCCCUACCCUACACACACACACACACACACACACACACCUAAAAAAAAACUAGACAAGAUAUACAAAAUAAUGAGUUUCAAGAUGCUAGGCAUGAGACAAGAGAUGGAAAAAUCCAGGUGAGCCCUAUAAUUGUUCCCUGUUUACUGCCUUGAGAGAAUUUUCAAAGGAUGAUGUAGGAGAGGGGAAUGCAGGCAGAGUCCACCCAAGCACCAGAGUUGAAAAAGACAGAGCUGAGAUGUGAGGAGACCCAAGUGCCCAGAGUUUGCAGGACAGGGCACGGGGAAGGAGAAAAUUGCACGGAGAGAAAACUCUUGAGUCUGCCAAGGGUCCCUAAAGUUUUCAUCAAUCGUGCAUGUGAGGAAACUAACUACAUGAGGCCAGGGAAAGAAGCACCCUCCACAAUGAAAAUUCACAGUGCUCAAAGCUGACACUAGGCUAGGGAUACGGCCUGUGGCCACCAGCCAAGCUGGAGAAACCUAAGGUUGUAUGGCGCUUAGAGUAGGAUGUACAGAAGGAUUUAGCCCCAGUGUUGGGGAAUACAGGUAUACCUCAUUUUAUUGCACUUCACUUCUAUUGUACUUUGCAGAUAAUGUGUUCUUUACAAAUUGAUGGUUCGUGGCAACCCUAUGUCAAACAAGGAUACCAAAAAGAUUAUGACUUGCUGAAAGCUCAGAUGAUUAUUGGCAUUUUUAAGCAAUAAAGUAUUUUAUAAUUACGGUACAUACAAUUGUUUGUGUGUUUUUAGACAGUGCUAUUACAUCUCGGAACAAAGCUCAAGAAUAUUAUAGGAUUAUAAAACUAUGAAGCACUUACAAAGGUAAAUUUCACAGUUUAUAGCAUCCAGUUCUGCAGAAAGGCAGGAAACACUACCCCUAAUGAAGAAAAUAUACCACCUAGGGCUAACACAUAGGUUACAAUUAACAGAGGGCAUCAAAACCAUACAUACCAAAACCUAGUGGAAACAUGUAACAUAGAAAUAAGACCCAAUCAAACGUGUAAAAACUACAAUGUGUGAGAUGGAAAAAUAGUACCUUAAUGGGAAUGACAGCAGAUUAGGCAUUGCAAAAGGAAAGAUUAGUGAACUUGGCAACGGCAGUAGGAACUGUCCAAAAUGAAACGCAGAAAGAAGAUUUUAAAAUGAACAGCACCACGGUGCUCUGGGACCCCUCCAGAUAUAUUUAAUUGGGAUUCCCAGAGGAGGAAAGGAAGGGACAGAAAAAUUAUUGGAAAACAUUACUGGUGGAAGCAUUUUCCAAUUAGGAUGAAAACUGUAAGCCUGCAGAGCCAAACAACACAAUGAACUCUAAAAACAAAUGAUAUCACAAUCAAAUUGCUGAAAAGCAGUGAUGAAGAAAAAAUAGUUUUCAGGAACAAAGAUAAAAUGAUUUAUAGACAAAAAGACAAAAAUUAUCACCAGCAGACCACGCUAGGAGAAAUCAGAAAAGUCCUUCAGGCAGGAGAAAAGUGAUACCAAGUGGAAAGGAGAAUACACAAAGGAAUGCCCUCGAUGGUUUGGCUCAGUGGAUAGAGCAUCGGGUUAGAUUCUGGUCAAGGGCACAUGCCUGGGCUGUGGGCUCAAUCCUCAGUAAGGUGUGCAGGAAGCAGCUGGUCAAUAAUUUCUUUCAUCAUAAUGUUUCUCUCCCUUUUCCUUCCUCUCUGAAAUAAAUAAAAAUAUAUAUUUUUAAAAAAAUAAUACACCAAGGUAUGAAGAGCACUAGAAAUAGUAACUGCAUGGGUAAAUCUAUGACUUGUUUGGUCUUCUUUUCUUAUUACUUUAUUCUUUU